GCUGGCCAGGUCACAAGCCCGCCGAAUAGUCAACCCAUUGGCCUUGCCAUCCAGAAAAUCCAUGUCGCACUUUCGAGUUGUCGAGCAUAUCACACGCGGUCAACACGUCCGAGAGCAACCGGGUGCCGUCAUAACCGGACGCGAAAACGAGCUGAGACUUGCUGUGAAGCAGUAUAUUCCCCUCAACAACCCCUGCCCGAAAGAGGGCGAUGUCACUAUCAUCGGGGCUCAUGCAAAUGGCUUUCCAAAGGAACUUUACGAGCCGUUGUGGGACGACAUCCAUGACAGGUUACUGAGCCAAAACAGACGCAUUCGUUCGAUUUGGAUUGCGGACGUCGCCCAGCAGGGGCAAAGCGGUAUCCUCAACGAAUCAAUUCUGGGUCAUGACCCCGACUGGUUUGACCAUGGACGUGAUCUCCUUUCUAUGAUCAACACUUUUCAAGAACAGAUCCCCCAGCCGCUGAUUGGGAUCGGCCACAGCAUGGGUGGACUGCAGUUGGCUCAUCUCUCUAUGAUGCACCCGUCCCUCUUUGACGGUCUGAUUCUCCUAGACCCAGUCAUACAACGGGAGAAUCCAGGCCGCGAGUUUGCCCAAGCAUCGACUUUCAGACGAGACGUGUGGCCAUCGCGGGAGCAGGCCUCGGAGAAAUUCAAAUCAAACCCGUUCUAUCGCGCAUGGGAUCCGCGCGUUUUCGACAAAUGGAUCCAAUACGGGCUCCGGGACCUCCCCACCCCAUUACAUGCCAUUUCCGAAAAGACAGGGCCGCACGCCGUCACACUGGCCACGACAAAGGCACAGGAGCUGUUCUUCUACGUCAGACCGUCCUAUAUCGACGAGCGAUCCGGUCUCCCUCGCGGUGAUCCCGAGAAAGAAAUGCACCCAGACGAUCGGGAAGCGUUCCCCUUUUACCGCCCUGAGCCCGCAUACAUGCUUCGUCAUCUACCGGAGCUCAAACCCGCUGUCCUCUACGUAUUCGGAGACAAAUCGCCUUUGUCUACUCCGAAAGCCCGCCAGGAGAAACUACGACUGACUGGGACCGGGGUUGGAGGCAGUGGCGGCGUGGCCAGUGGCCUUGUGCAGGAGAUUGUCCUUCCAUGUGGGCAUAUGGUGCCAAUGGAAGUUGUCCAAGAAUGUGCUGAGCCGUGCGCGAGCUUUAUUGAUGCGAGGUUGUCAGCAUGGGGCUUAAGGUCUGCACGUUUCCGUGAGGGCUGGGAACGGGUCUCACAGUCCCAGCGGGUGAGUGUUGACAGGCAGUGGGAAGAGAGGAUUGGCGCCUUGCCCAAGAAACCCAAAAUCUAA